AUGGCCAGCUUCGCCAGAUCUAUCAAGUCCCCCUACAUGUCGCCCCGACUGCGGCCUUCCAUGUCGGGGCGCACCAUGUCCACCAAUUCCGAUCUUUCCGCCAACAACUCUCCUCAUAGCCCUCGAUCCGACGAGCUUGGCGACUUAAACCUCUCCGGAUGCAAUACCCCGACGAUUUCACACUCGAGGCCAGGCGGAGGACGAGACGGAUUCUUCGAUGGUGAAGACAUCGGCUCUCGCACUUCGUAUUUUGCAGAUGACCGUGUUCGAUCUGCGCCUGGCACUCCAUCUGCUCCCUCAACCCCUCGCAGCCGCAGUCACGCUCGGCCUAUAGCUAUCGAUCUGCCUCAGUUGAAGCGUUUCACCUCCGCUCCUACCCGUACUCCGCCCGAGCCCUUAUCAGCCAGAGGUGAUCUGCCUGGAGGUUAUUUCCCACUUCACGAGGAUCCCAACAGUCGUGUCCACCGUCCACAUCCAUUCCAGCAUCACCCAGACGCACGGAUGAGCCGUCUUAUUUCGGAAUCAGGACCGAUUUACGCGGAUCGUCCUACCUCGCAUCCUGCCCAGAGUGCAGCCAUGUCUCAAUCAAAUACACCUGUCGCUUCCUUUCUUGCUCCGGGGUUUCACGAUAACCCACUUCCCAUGGGCAAAUACUACCCAUCCAACUAUGAGAAUAGAAACGGCAGCCAAGCUAAUUUGCGACCUCCAUUGACUGGAAGUAUGUCUUCCAACAUCGGAUCUGACGCCCAUGCCAUCCCUCGAACAGGCAGUCAAUCGAACCCCGAGACCGAGCUUCGCCGCAAGCUGCAACAGUACCAACGCGAUAUGAUCGCGCAAGCAAGUAUGGCUGCUAAUGAGCUUUUGAGUAGCUCGGCCAAAUCUGGUGAGAACUCGGGCGGGCUAUCACUUGACUCUCUCCCGUUCCGUGAUUCACGCUUUGCUACUCCUGCUUCUCACAAGCCCAUAUCACCGAGACUACUUCCUUUGGGGAGUCCCGGCCCUGUCACCCCCAUGGACCUUGAAUCCAUUGGUGGUGGUGACUACCUGAGUCGUUAG